UGCCGAAACUCUGAGCAGCUGUCAGUGCUCCGGACAGAGCGUCACGGCGAGCAGGAGGCUUAAAGGGCUGCAGAUUAACAUGCAGCUCAGAGACGAUGGUCCUUGUUUCAGCACACUGCGUGCCUGCUCUUUAGCAUUCUGCGUUCGAUCGGCGAGACGGAACUUUUCUUGACUGUUUUCACCGCGCAGCCGACGGCGCAGCGUCGCCCGCUUCGCUCGGUCCAUCCGACUUGUCCAGACAUGAGUACCGUUAAUCUGAUUUUUUGGGACCAGUUGCAGGCUGGCAGCUCCGAGGUGGACUGGUGUGAAGGCAAUUACCUGAUCUACCCCGGCAUCGCUGAAUUCUACAACACGAUCAGCAACAUUUUGUUUUUUGUGCUGCCUCCCAUAUUAAUGUGGUUGUUCCGCCAAUACGCAACACAUUUCAACAGUGGGAUUUACCUCAUAUGGAUUCUUCUAGUUGUGGUUGGUAUCGGAUCAACGUAUUUCCACGCCACCCUCAGCUUCCUGGGCCAGAUGUUGGACGAGCUGGCCAUCUUAUGGGUGCUCAUGUGUGCCAUUGCCAUGUGGUUUCCCAAGAGGUACCUACCCAGGAUGUUCAGGAGGGAUCGGUCGCGGUUCAAAGUGGUCAUCGGCAUCUUGUCGGGCAUCACCACGGGCCUGGCCUUCGUCAAACCUGUUGUCAACUCCCUGUCACUCAUGACUCUGGGCAUCCCCUGCACCGCGCUGCUCAUCACUGAGCUUAAAAGGUGUGAAAACCCACGCGUCUUCAAGCUGGGCCUGGUCUCGGGGAUCUGGUGGGCGCUGGCUCUGCUUUGCUGGAUCAGUGACAGGAUCUUUUGUGAAAUGUGGUCGUCCGUCAACUUUCCCUAUUUGCACUGUGCCUGGCACAUUUUAAUUUGUCUGGCCUCCUACUUGGGCUGCGUGUGCUUCGCCUACUUUGAUGUCGCAACCGAGGCCCCUGAGCGAGGACCCGUCAUCAUGUUCUGGCCCAAUGAGAGGUGGGCCUUCAUCGGCGUACCCUACGUCUCCCUGCUCUGCGUCCACAAGAAGUCCACUGUCAAGGUGACCUAAAGUGCCGGAGUCUGUUUCUAGACUGUUCAACAGGACGUAUCUGAGCAAUGUGAUGACGGCGUGCACCUCCCGGCGCCUCGCGUCCGUGGCUCAGGUUGCGUCCACCGGUGCUUUUCGAUGUAGGUGACAACUGAGUGUGAGGGUUAGAUUUCUAUGCCUCGGUCCGGGCGGAAAGUCAUUCAUGGCAAGGAUGUUGACACAAAACACAGUGUGAAACCCAAGAAACCUUUAGCGUGUGACAAACCCGUUCUCAGGCUUUUGCAUGAGAAAGAUCAUGUAAUGGUAAAAGUAUUAGUAUUCCACACGUCAGGCGGCUUUUUCUACAACUCAAAACCCCAAGAACCUCAGUAUAUUGCCUUCCCAGCCAGGAACACUCAUCAAGUGUGACGCAGAGUACAAUAAAAGUCAAAGAAUCAAACAGCUGGUUAAUGCUAAUGAAGUGUUAGAAGCUCAUUCACACAAAGCCUUACUGUAAGUCUCAUGUAAGAGACUACAUGAUGGAUUCAUGCCGAUGCACCACAGCUCAGAGACAUGGAGAAGCACCUGUUUCUAUCAUGGGUGCUGUGUUUACGUCUAGCAUGCUGCUGUGAUUGUCAAAGGUAGUACACAAAAUGUGUAGUAGAUUUCUGUAUAUAUUUUGAUAAUGUAAUCCACAGUUAUUUUAUGAAACUAACAUAGUAUUGUAUGAAUAGGUGUUGAUAUUUGCCAAAACCAAAAUGAAGCAGAAUGUAAAAACCAGAUGGUUUUAAAAAAAGCCUGAUCGAUCAACAAAUAAUUAGUGUUUUCAUUACGUACAGUAUGUUUUCCAUGAUCUAUGUUCUUUGGGGUUAUGUGGGCCAUACUCAGUAUUUUAGAUUUUGUUUAAAUUUUUCCUGAAAAAAGGUUUUAUUAAACAGGAAGAGGGAAUUUGAUUUGAUUAGCUUUGUAUAUUUAACAGUUUCCUUCAAACAGGUGCAAUCAUCAGGUGCGAUCAUGUCGUUAAGCUCAUAAGUUAAACCUAUUAGUGUUCGUCUGAUUAAAAACAGCAGUUUCUGUAUGAUGAUUUAAAAGGGAAGCUUUUUUGCUGCAAAGCAAAAGCACCAAGUCUAAAAAUUCAAAGAGUGCCUAAACUCUUUUACGUUAUUGUUUCACAUGUUGUUAGGAGCUGCUCACACUGCAGAGCAGCAAAGCCAAGUGAGGGGUUACAAUGACAUUUGUCCCACAUUCCCAAGUGGUAUUUGAUAUAUGAAGUUUUGUUGAAGCCAAAAGAAUUUGUAUUUUUAUAAUUGAAGGUGCAGCCAAAAGUGAAGGAACUGCAUUAUUUUAUAUUGAAACGUUGCUAAAUUUGUAUUUGCCAAAUAGUAGUGUUUGUUUUUAUUGUGUCAUCGUGAAAAACGACACUGACUCUUUGGACAAAGUAGUUGUAGAGUUUUAGCUGUUCAUGGUUUGAACUACAAAUCAUCAGUGUCAUACAUCAGAUUAUGAAGUCGGUUGCUUGUAUUAUGCACCGGAUUUGUGUGAGAACAAUCUGCUUAUUUCACACCGUGUUCCUCUUGGCAUGAGGUAUGAUAAUGACGUCAUCAUGGCGAGGUGUGAUUUUAUGAACUGAAAUGUGUAUGGAAAUCUCUUUCGCUUGUAUUGACAAUACAAAUACGCACAAAGUAUUUAUUUUGAUAAUUUAUCUUGUUUUCUAAGCAAAUCCUUGAGGUAUAAUAGUGUUUGUACUGUAUUUUCUGCAAUAAACAACAACCAGUAUGCAAAACAA